CACACGAGAUUUAGAAACGCGUGCAGUUGACAAUGCGCAUCCGUCGCCCACGAUGGGCACAAGUAUACUGAAGAACAGAAUGAAGCACGUCGGCGUUUAUUAUUGCGGCGCCUUCGGCUCUUGUCAAACGAUGUUACAUUUUGUUAAAUAAUAUUUGCAUAACUGGACACAUUUGGUCAAACAAUAUUCCAGUACCAGGAUAAUUGAGUGCAUCGCAAUCGCGAAAUAUUUGAGUUUGAAUGAUAUCAGGUUGGAAAUUCCAUGACUAACAGUCCGGCAGUCAUCUAAUAUAAGCGUGCAGUAGUAGUACAGUGAAGAUAAUUACAUCUAAUUGUCGUUGUCAUCCAUGUUCUUCAGAAUUUUUCUCAACAUGACAAGUUACGUGAGCGCUCGGGACAUUAAAUACAAGAACGUGAUAAAAUGUCUCUUUGCUACAAUGAAUCGCGCUGGCCAUGAGUAAUAAGGAUCUUACUAUGUGGAGUAUUUUAUCAAGGAUCACUUUACCCGCGGACCUAUUUUUGUGAUGUAUUUCAUGUUCAGAGUGUAUAAUGUAGGCCAUGUAACGCAUUGAGCAGAAAGCUGUGUCUCUUUCUAUGGAAUCAGAAGAUGUAGAAGAAUCGUACAGAUGCACAUUUUCACGCAUUCGGAAACACGUCGACGAACAAAGCCAUCGACACAGUUGUAGAGAUAUCUCGUCGAGUUAGCGAGCAUCGGUAACCGAAGCCAGCAAAGAUUUGUCGCUCAUCAAAUACGAGCGUGGCGUUACCGUCGUGUUCUACGUAAGGCCCAUUGUGAUGUGGACCGCGAGGAAGAGAUAAACAAAAGAUCUUACGCGCGCGUCUCGGGCGGGUCUGAUCCAAAUGAACUAGUUCGAUCGAUGAUCCAUCAUUCACCCGUCCGUAAGGAAAGGCGGGAACAUCAUUCGGAGGCACGUCGCGAUAUAUAUCUCUAAAUAAACGAUAACGAGAUUCUCCUAAUGAUUAGAAGAAACUAGAUAUUUAAAAAAGAUAUCUAAAAAACUAGAUAUUUAAAAGAUGUCGAAGAUUGAAGUAUGUUCGCUGAAAAAUAGUAUCAAAUUAAUGCGGAACAACACUGAUGUCACAAAUAACUUAAACCUGGAUGUCAACGUUAAGAAUUUAAAGAAGGAAUCUUACGUAAAGAAUUUAAAGAAGGAUGUUUAUUGUUGGCUAAUUGUUUCUGAUAUUUUCCUUCUCUUAAUGUUUAUAAUAAGCGUAGUAGUAAUUUCUCAAAUGAAAAAUGCAUCAAACACACUACAACGUGACCGAAUAUUGGAGGAUGAAGCACGUCGAUAUUACACAUAUAAAGAAAAAAUAAGAAAUUUAGAACUACGGAUAAAUAAUAUUAUGUCCCGGCUCAGAUAUAAUCCAAUCGUAUAUAACGCCCGACCGUGGGAUAUCCGCUCGAUAAACGAUCCUUUCAAUCUCAAACCUACUAAUGUAUCAAAUAUUGAAAAUGAUCAGAAUUCCAACACUGUCUUGAUAAUCUUUGAUAAGGAUAAUUCAACGGUUUUAUCUACUUCCGUUCAACCAGUGGAUCAUCAAGAUGAUGCACGUAAAAGUAGAAUUUUAGAUGACAUUAAUCAGAUAAUGUCAGAGAUUAAAGAAUCUAAGAUGAAAGAUGAAAGAGAUUUGUCACGUAAAAAAAGGGAUAUAGAAAUUGAAGCACAAAAUCACACGACAACGGAAGAUGAGAGGAAUGGUAAUAAUACAGUAGAUGUACAAAGAAAAUCACGAAGAUUACAGAGACAAUUAGAAAAUAUAGGAAGAGGUAAAAAACGGCGAUUCCCGAGAAGAUGGCCCAAACGCAGUCGAAGGCGAUUGGAUCCGGCAGUGGUUACGUUUGUUGGUGCAAUACCGGAACAAGAUUUUCAAAAUACAGCUUAUGUAGGACCUUGGAUUAAAAGUAACAAGGACAAUGGUUCAUAUGAUUUCAACAAGUUCUACUUGGCAGAAGAAAAUUAUUCGAUUGAAGUUACUAUAAGUGGUUUAUAUAUGAUCUCUGUACAGAUUUUUUAUUUCGGAAAAUCGACGAGUCAUUCUUAUUGGGUGGUGUUAAAUUCUGAGGGUUCGUCAAUGAAACAAAAGCUUAUUACAUGUGCCAGUGCUUCUGUUAGUUCAUCAGAAAUAUCAUGUUAUACAGGCCUAACUACAUAUCUACGGAAAGGUGAUAGACUGUCCAUACAACAACAGGAGAGAAACAGAUUCGUUAAUUUGCGAGAGGGAUAUAGUCAGGUGCAACUUGUGCUACUUUCCAAUGAUAAGAACAGAAAAAGGCCAAAUAAUAAAGAUUUAUGAGUUUUAAAAUAUAUAUUAAGAUAUAAUUUGAC